AUGUUUGAAGUCUUCCCCCUUAACCUCUCGGGCAAACCAGCACCACCAUUACAUCAGGCUAUCAACUCUCAUCACAGCCUUCACUUUCCUCUUGUUCACCUCAGCCUCCUCAGCCAUAACCAGUCAAACCCAACUCGGUGGUGGGCAUCAUUCUCAUCAGCAGCAGAAGAGCCGGCUGGGUUCAUCGCCACCGAGUUGCAGAUCCAAGUGUGGAAAGGCUGGGUUCAUGUCCAAAAUAAGGAGCGUAAGGGACUCAAGGCUGAGGCUGCUAAGGUCCGUGCCCAACAGCGUGAGGUUGCUGAGCAGGAGUUCCGCCAGACCCUGUUAAAAGAAAGAGCAGAGAAGCAUGAGAAUUGGAAGAUGAAGAAAGAAAAAAAAAAAAUGAGAGAAGAGAAGAAAAAAAAAAAAAAGAAGAAUGAUCUGUUGCGACGUCAGAGUUCCUUGUGGAUCAAUUCUGAUUGGGAAGAGGCAGAGCUCACGACCGAAGAUCAAGGAGCUUUUCCAGAUCACACAUUGCUCUCAGUCUCUCUCACUCCCAUUUCGGUCCACAAUGGCUGCUGGUCAGCUAAUGGGGACAAAACCUCCAUAAUUGGGAGACAAGGCUAUCACUUCAGCAUGUGGGUCUGUACCAAAAAUCAAUAAAAAAUAAAAAGAAGAAAAAUCAACGUGAUAUAUCUAGCUUUCCACUAAUAUAUCAGUAUAAUAAUAUCAUGCUAUUUGAUUUUGGUGUUGAUAUGAACCCAUAAAUAAUUGUCUUUACUUUA